CACAAGAUGGGGAAGCGUCGUCAGCAACGGGCGAGUGCUGGGUGAGAUGGAGAAUUAUCUAUGCAAAAACUACACGAAACGACGCCGUCAAAAUCGGGGUGCUUCAAAACUAGUAGAGGUGCUGCAGUAGAGGGUGGUUGGGAUUCUGCCCCAAAUUUGGAAAUUUCCUAGUGCCUUAUACAGCGUUGAUGUGAAGAGUGUGAGCAAUGUCCAGCUCAAAGAUACCAAAAGCUACCCCAAGGAGCGGUAAGACAAUGUAUGUGCCAGGUUCGUCUGCGGAGGCUCAGAAUGCCAACCUCCGCGUGGUGGUCGACGAGUUGCGAGCCCACGUCAGCCACCUGAAAAAGGACCUGGAGGCGGAGAAGGCUCACGUCAAGGAGCUGAAACGGGAGAAGCUCUCCGAGGUCAAGAGCGUCCGGGACCAGGAGCAGCAGAAGGCGACGCAGUCGCUCAGCGAGCUGAGAUCCAAGCUGGGUCACGAGAAGCAACGGGAGCUGGCCGCCCUGCGGGAGUCGCUCAAGAAGCAGCACGACCAGGAGAUCAACCGGUUGCUGAAGCAGAAGCAGGAGCUGCUGGCCAGGACCCAGGGAGAGGCCCAACGGGAGAGAGAGACCCACUACCUCAAGGUCAAGCAGCAGGUCUGGGCCGAGGCUAAAGAGGAGGUCAAGCGGACCUUUGAGAUGGAUAAAGGGAAACUGCUGGCCGAGAUGGACGAGCUGAGGCGAGGCAAGCGCAAGGUGGAGGAGGAACUCAAUGAUGCGGUGGCAGGAGAUCGGCAGAGGGCGGCCGACUUGAGGAGGCAGUGGGGGGAGCAUCAGAGGGAGUUGGAACAGCUCAAAAAAGAUGCCAGAAGAGACAUACAGAGACUCAUGGAGGAACUCAAGUCCAAGGACCGCGUCAUCUCGGAGCUUGAGAAGGAGCUGGGACACAAGACCGGCUACUCGCAGCGGCUGCAGAACGAGAAGGAAUCGCUGAGCAACCUGCUGAACCUGAGCAAGAUGGCCGAGUCCUGGGAUCAAAGGUCAGCCGUCGCCGGCCAGGAAUCUCCCGCCAGCAGCGGCCAGGCAAGUCUGUCAAGUCCGACGGUUGGAAACGAGGAGGAAGAGAAAAAGUUACACAGAAAAAUUGCCGAUCUAAAUACGGCGCUACGGAAGCUGGAGGACAGGAACAAGCAACUCAUAGAGGACAAGGCAGACUUGGAAAGAAAGAUUCGAACUUCUUCAGAGGCACGGAACACCACGCCACUCAUUGAGAAAAACAAGCGGCUCGUACGGAAGAUCAAAGACCUGGAAGGCUCCAAGAAAAAACUGGAUGAAAGAAACAAAGCAUUGGCGGAAGAAAAUCAGAAAUUGCGUUCGCUGAAGGAGAACAUGCGCUGCCGUCUGGAGCGGGAGAACCAGAGCCUGCGCAAGGUGCUGAGCAAGGAGCGCCAGCAGACCCAGAGGGGAGGAACCAACUCCAGGACCGACCAGGAAGCGGAGGUGGAGGACCGGGAGGAGGAGUUGCGGAAGCUGAGAGUGGAGGUCCAGGAGCAGUUCCUGGAGAUUGUGGAGCUCAAGCAAGCUGCCUUGGAGCAAGAACGCUUGGCCAAGGCCACACCGGACCACAGCCAGUCCAGGCUGCCCGUGCCCAUCUCACGGCCGAGGUCGGCCAGCCUGACCCCCUUCAGCUUGGACGAGGACCCCGGCAUGAGAAGCCGCUCCGGCUCACUGGAUACCUCCAUCUUGUCUCCGCUGGUUCUCUCAGAUUGCGAGGAUGGAUUUGAAGAGGACUUCAGCGAAGACCAGCUCUCUGCACGGCAGCAGGGCGAUGACUCUAAGAUGAGAGAGGGUAAGCAGCCCACACCGGGACAGCGCAUCAAGAAGCUACUCAAACAGAACAAAGAGCUAGAGGAGAAAUGCAGCAAGCUGGAGUGGAGCUUGCAGGACAGCAAAGAUCAGAACGAACUCUUGGAAUUCAGAAUUCUGGAACUGGAAGAGCAAGAUGCAGUGACCCCGGUCCCAAGCCCCUCCUCAGCGUCAGAGGAGGAAAACAAACAGAGAGUCAAGUCACUGGAAGGCCACCUCCUGGAAAAGGAAUCCCUACUACAGUCCUUACAACAAGAGGUUGAUUCCCAGAGGGAACAUGUACGGCAGAUGGAAGAGGUCAAGGAACAGGAGCUUAUUAAUAUGCACAGGUCACAAAAGCUGGCCAAUGAGGGUGAUCCUGCCUUACAGCAUCAGCUGCAAUUGGCUAAAAUGAGAGUCUCGGACUUGGAGCGGACCGAGGCUCACCUUCACUCCCGCAUCCAGGAGCUGGAGGACCAGCUGGCCCAGCUACAAGAGGACAUCCACCUGGGACUGGCCGAGAGGAACAGGGAGCGGACGGACCUGGAGGCAGAGAUCACGUCUUGGAGAGAGAACUCCAAGGAGCUGACCGGGGAGAGAGAUGAGAUUCUUGAGAGACUGAGGGAUCUGGAAGUUCAACAAGAAACCUUGCUUGAGGAAGGAGAGAAACUUCAGAAAAAGCUGAAGAAGAAAGAGCAAGCUGAGACGAACCUCAAAAGACAGAUUGAAAAACUGACUGCUGAGCUGUCAGCAUUACAUGAAAUCACAUCACCAUCCGAAUGCAACAAUACCAACGAAAGUAACAACAAGGCCACAAUGGAGAACUCCCAGGAUGUGAACGCCCUUCAACAGAAGGUGCAGCAACUGGAACUCGUGAAGGAGUCUCUCGAGGCCAAGCUGAGAGAUGUGGAGGAGCUGGUACUGAACAGUGACUUCUCAAGUGAGGAAUCUCUUAGAGACAAGAUUGCAGAGUUGGAACAGGCGAACAAGUUGCUGACAAGACAACUGAAGCAGAGUCAGGCUUCGGAUGUCGACAGCAAAGAGGUCGUUGAAAAAGCAGUAGCUGAUGCCAGAGACACGGAGAAGGCACUUCAAGGCAGGAUCCAGGAGCUGCAACAAUCGGAGCAGAGUCUGCUGGACAGAGUAGCUCAACUUGAGGUCCAGGACAGCGCAUGGAGAUCACAAGUAGAUUCUCUGCAAGACAGGGUCCAGGAAUUUGAGGAGAUGCGGCAGCAGUUGAAGGGAAAGCUCGAUGAGGCUGAAGAACGCAUCGAGGAGCUACAGGUCGCAGAGAAAUUUGCCAGAGACGAGUUGAGCGCCUCCCACGGAGCUUCUUCAUUCCUCGGAGAAAGUCUGGGACUGAUGGGAGAGCUGGCUUCACUGGCUGAGGAGGAAUAUGUUGAGGUUGAAGAAGAGGAUGUGCUUGAAUUACUCCCUGAAUCACAAGAACCCAAGGUUCAAGAAUUGCCAGAAGAAAAAGACGAGGGAGAUCCAGAGAAAGAAUAUCGCAUUGCACAACUGGAAAAAUCUGAGACUGAACUCAUGGAGAAAGUACAAGUGUUAGAGCAGUCUAAUGUGGAGCUAGACGACCUGUGCCAAGAACUCAAGAGCCAAGCACUUGAAUGUGCCGAAGAAAAUGAGACUCUCAAACAGAAGCUUCAGGAACUGGAGGAGUUACAAGCGCAGAUUCCUGAAAUGGUCAGGGUUCUUGAAGAAGCAGAAGAGGAGAAGAUGGCGUUAAAAGAAAUGGUGAAAGAGCUGGAGUCUGAAGUAGAACAUUUGAAGCGGGGAGGUAGUAAUAAAGACAUGGAUCAAAAUGAUCUUGGGAGCAAGGAGGAUGAGAGAGAAUUGGAGAAAGAGCUUGAAGCUGUGAAGGAGGAAAACCUAGAUCUAUCGGACAAGCUAACUGAUGAGCACAGGAAAUUGCAGGAACUUAGAAGAGCAAACGAACAAUUAAAAGAACAACUCCAAUUCCAAACCCUUGAUGAUCAAAACCUUAGUGAAACCACCGAAAGACAUGAAAUCGUCGAGGAACUUCAGCAAGAACUUUUACUGAGCAAGUCUGAGAAAGCUCAGUUAGAAGAACAGUUGCAGACAGAAUGCAAGGAGUUGAAGAGUGUGAUCAAUGCUUUGCAGGCAAGUAAAGAAAAACUGGAGCAGCAGCUGGAGUCCUCAGAGUAUGAACUCAGUCGUUUGGAGGAGAUAUCGUCUGAGUUGCAUUUAGAGCUUGAACACAGAAUUGAGGACCUGGAAAGAGAGAAAGAAGAGCUUGAGAAGCAUCUUGAAGAAGCUCUGGAGCAGAAACAUAACUCAUAUACCCCAGAGUCUGAGAAAUUUCUGCAGGAGCAGAUACAGUUGGAGAAUGAAAAUCAAGAUCUCCUCCAGAAGCUUGCAUCUGCAGAAGAGGAAUGUAGUAAACUACAAGAACGCAUCGGGUUAAUGGAGCAAGGGCUGCAAGAGCAGAAGUCUGAAUUGAAGGUGGCCAGGAAGGAUUCGAUGAGAAGGUCCCUUGAGUGCGGUGAUUCAACCAGGGAGCUUGCUGAUGUCAAGAAAAGACUCAAGGAAUUGGAGGAUGUGGAGUCACAAUUUUUCGACCAGACAGAGGUGUUGUCUAAGAUGGAAAAAGAAACAAAGGAUUUGAAAAGGCAAAUAGAAGAUACUGAAGAAAACAGAGGGAAAAUCACUUCACUGAACGACCAACUGGAUGCACAAAACCAGGAGCUCCAUGAACUCAGAGAGACCAUUACAGAUUUAAAGGACGCUAAGGAGAACCUUCAAGACAAAUUGGAUGUUGAGGCAGAACUUCUUGAGGAAACUUCUGAAAAAUUGGAAAUGGUUCAAAGUGAGUUUGACACUGCCAAAGAAGAGCUUAACCUGCAGCGGGAAAAACUAGAACAAGCAGGAGAAAGAGUCCAUGACUUGGAAGGUCAGUUGAGCAAGUUGGAAGAGCUUGAGAAUGAAAACCAGAAGCUUCAAUCCAUUGUUAAUGCUUCAACAGUGAGUGGUGAAGACGAAGAGCUGGAUAGCAAGGAAUCUUUGAAGCUGAGAGUCACAGAGCUGACUGAGAGGGAGGAGGAACUCCAACUGCAAAUCAGUGAACUGGAGGAAAGACAGCUUGCUUAUGAGGAGACAAUAGCUCAGGCUGACCUCAUCGUGUCUGAAACCCACCAGAAACUGAGUGACCAGAAUGAGUUACUGGAAGCAAAAGAACGAGAGCUGCAGAACUUGAGAGAUCAACUAGAGUCCGGCAGAGAAGAGGAAGUCUCACACAAGUUACAGUUGCUGGAUGACACAACUCACGAGUUGGAAAGGAAGAACAAACAGCUGGAAGUUGGGGAGGAAAAAUUGAAAGAGCUCAUGAAUUCCGUGAAGGUGUACGAGGAGAAAUGUCAGCUGAAGGAGGAAAAGCUGCAGGAGUUGGAGCAAGAAGAAAUCAGGUUGGCUUCCAAAAUGGAAUCUUUGCAAGAACCAAGCUCGCCAGAAAGCCAAGACAUAGUGGAACCAGUUAUUCAGGCGCACACUGCAGCAACUCAGGACUCUGCAAGUGCACCGGAGAGUUCUUCCGAUGCUGCAGCGCUGGCUGAUAAGAUCCAAGUUAUGAAACAAAAUGAAGAAGCCCUCCAACAGAGAAUUGAGCACUUCCAGGAGAGACAGGCUGCAUUUGAGGAAACCCUGGCCCAGGCAGACGUCAUGCUAACAGAGUCAAAGCAGAAGCUGGAUGACAGAACCAAACUCUCUGAGAUCCAAGAGAAUGAACUUUUAGAACUUAAAGAGAAUAUAGCUCAUCUAAAGGAAGAGAAAUCAACCUUUGAUGUUGCAUGUGCUGAAAACCUUGAAAAGAAGUCCAGGCUGCUGGAAGAAACAUCUCAGGAGCUGAAAAUGAAAAGUGAGGAGCUAAAUAAACUGAGAGAUGAACUAGAAAUGCUCACCCAAAACCUAGAAUCCUCUAACAGGAAAUGCAAAGAUCUGGAAGAAAGACUCCAGGGACUGGAGCACUCUGAAAUUGAAAACGAGCAUUCAACUUCGGAAGAGGAGUCUGUGGCAUCUUUGAGAAAGAAGAUUGCUAACAUGACAAACCACGAGGAAACGUUGCAGCAGAAAAUCAUUGAGCUUGAAGAAAGGCAGUCUGCCUUUGAGGAGACUCUGGCCCAAGCUGAUGUCAUAAUGACAGAAAGAGAGUCGGGAUUCGUUGAACAGAUCAGCGAGCUUCAGAGCUCUCACUCAGACUUGCAGGAGAAGCUCCGGCGAGUGAGUGAAUCUAAGAAGCAAGGUCUAGGAAGUCAAAGUUCGGAUGAGGAUGAAGACAAGGGCACAGAGGAGUUUUCAGUAUUUUCCCCAGAUGCCACAGCAGAUGCCUUGGAGGUUGAAAGAAAUAAUUCUGGGUUGGAAGAGGAGAUUGCAAAGCUGAAAGGCUCCGAACAAGAGCUUCUUAAGGUUGUUGAGAAUUACAAAACCUUGGAGAAGACUCUUAGAUCAACAAAUGAUGAAUUACAAGAGCAGCUGGAUCUUGUUAGAGACAAAAUCAAGCAGUUAGAAAAUGCUCUUGAAGAAAGAGGUCCAGACAAUGACCUGCAAGCCCAGCUGGAAGAAUUGAAAACAGGAGUGCAGCUGCAUGAGGAAACCAACCUGAGACUCAAGGAAGAAAUCACAAACUUGAAGGAAACCAUUGCCAAUUUGCAGGAUCAGUUGCUUCAGUCACCCAAUCAGCAGAUAUCUGAGGACGGCUUCAUCAAACCUGGAACUUUAACAGAUGAGGAUGAGCUCAUCAAGCCUCAGAUUGUUGUCACGGAGGAAGCACAAGUCCCAUUUGAGCUGGAUCUCAAGCAGACAAUCGGAAGGCUUGAACAGGAAGUGAAUGAGGCCAAGAACCAGCUGAAAGAUGCUGAAGCUGCUAGAGAUUCAUUAAAGGCCGAAGCAGCUGAGAAAGAUGCAACUGUGGAAAGACUUGAGAAGGCUAACGUGGCUCUACAGGAUGACAUUGACAUCACUACAACACGGAUAGAGGAGCUUGAGCAACAACUGAGUCAGAUUUCUCAAGAAAACAACAACGUUACCAGUUCUCAAAGAUCACAGAGCCAGUCAGAAGAAAUUGUCAAGGAGCUCCAAGAUACAAUCCAAGUCUUGCAGAACAAGCUUGAAACUACUGAGAAGGUAAAACCAGAGCUACAAAAAGAUGUUGAGAGAACGGCACAAAGCAAAGGGGAGGAGGGGAAAGAACUGAAUAAAACCGAGCAGCUGAGAACGCAGGAACUCGAAAAGUCUGUGGAAUGGUUCAAAAAGGAGAUGGCCAGUGCAAACUCAGAGAGGGUCAAGACUACUAAUCGCCUGACCGAGAUUGUCCAGUUCAACCGAGAGAUCAAGAAGGAUCUGAGGGAGCUGGAGGAAUCGGAGAAGAUUCUGAGGACGGACAACAGCCGACUGAAGCAGGAGAAGGAUCUUCUGAACGAAAAGUUGUCCACCUUUGGCAUCUGUGGGGAAGACCUGCUGAAAGAACUGAUGACAGCUCAGGGAACUGAAGAAGUUGCAGACAUGCAAGAUGGGAUGACAAAAAGAAAGGUUGGUUACCAGCCAUCAUUAAAUAUUAACAAAGGCUGCCAGACUGGUCCCCUGACGUACAUCCCUAAUGAGUGUCUCCUAGCAACCAUCCUAAUAGAGGACUUUGAGAUGACACUCAAGGAGUUCCUGGAGGCCCUGCCUCACGGCCACAGUCCAACUGACCCGGUUCUCCUCAAGGAGGGGAAGAAUUUCUUUGUCGAGUUCAACAAGCUCUUCAUCGGCAAGUGUCGGACUCCGAGAGCUCGACUGCUCCGGGGUCUCAGCAAGAAGCUCCCGGUGGUCAAACCCCAGCCGGAGAGGGUCAAGAAGAAGCCGAUCUACCCAUCCAUGCCGGGAGAGGAGUGCUUCAAGGAGCAGGGAGGGAGUGAGGAGAGAAAGCUGAGACCUCUGGAAGCUGCAAGUCCCACCAGCAGGAAACGCAUGGUUGACGAGUUUGUGGCUGCCCUGUGGGACUUACCCUGGGAGAUUCCACCGGACGUGGACUGGGACAAUGCCUCCAUCUGGUACCCUAAUGAGGAGGAAAUGGAGGAGGAUUCCAUUGACGCUUCAGAGUGCAGGCAGGUUGAAGAAGAGCCUACCUCCGAGUGCAGGAAGGAGCUUGUGGUUGAGUUGGAGACACUGCCACCAGCUCUACCAGAAUCCACCCUGCGCAAGCGCACUGGUUCCAUGAGCUCCGACAGUCUGUCCGGGGACCCACCUCCUCUGCCGGAAGACUCCCCUCCACGCCGGGUGAUCAGGAACGACUCCUUGGAAGUCGAGGAUGAAGAGAAACCAGAUGAUAAGGAGGACCUCCCUGCAUCACCGCCUCCACUACCUGCAUCCUCCCCUCCAAGGAAACCAGAUUCAAGCUCGCAAAGUCCAAACCAGCCUGGAGGUAUUAUUAGUAGCUUCAGAAGCCCCUCUUUUGAGAGUCGUAGUGAGACUGACAAUCAGGAACUUCCACCUCCGCUGCCUAAAACGUCUCCCCCUGGCAAGCCAAAAACAUCCACAGCCCCAAGUAACCGAGAUCAGUGGAGAAGCUCGUUGACAGCUUUAUACAGUGAUAGUCAGAAUGGUCCUCCUGACAUUCGUUACCAAACUCAGCAAGCCAGUGUGAGCACCGACCCAGAAAGCGAUGCCUCAUCAUCCACAGAUACUCUAACUGACCAUGAAACAUGCCGUCAAGACGUGACCAACGAUAAGAACUCUGGUCCGAAGGGGGACCAUCGGGAUGGCGCAGCAAGAGCCAACUCCACCCACCGACCAGCCUCCUUUGACAGCGGUCUGGACACGGUCUCCUCCAUCACGGAGCAAGAGGUGGAAGCCAUCACAGCGGCGUCAGUGUUUGCGGGACCGGACCACUCUCUGAGGCUCCCCCGAGCCCCAGGGACGCCUGGGACCUCCCUGGCCAAGCCAGCGACUCCAAUGUGGCUGAAGCAGAUGAUGGACUGGCAGACAGCGGACAAGGAGAAAGAGGAGACAGACUUGGGAAGACUCAAGACGAGUAUCGACACCAUGGAGAAACAGCUUCAGGAGAAAGAGGAAGUUGUGAAGGAGUUACGGCAGAGUGAAGAAAGCCUCAAGAAGAAGCUGCGAGACUUUGGUGACCUUCGACCCCUGAAAUUACAGCUUCAAACCAAGGACAUUGACCUCCAGGACAGGGAACGACAGGUCGCACUGCUGAAGUCAGAGGUCAGGCAGAGAGAAAGAGAAGUCAACAGCCUGCAGACAAAGUUGGAGGGCAUGAAAUUGGGCCAGCAAGACAUUAACCAAACUGACCAGAUGAAUAAAGCUGCUGAAAUAUCUCGCCUGAAACAAAAGUUGGAGCAAAGCCAGGAAAGCCUGAGGGCAAAGGAGCAAGAACUGAAGAGCAAGGAAGACGAGGAAGGAAGAGCUAAAGAGGAGAUAGAGAAGAAAGAGAGAGAGUUAUCCUCCAAGGAGGAGGCCCUUGAGAAGCAAUCCGAGGAACUGAAGAAUCUUGAAGCAGCCGUGAAGGAACACCAACAGCACUCGGCCAAUAGCACAGAUCAUGCUGAUGCUGCUAGGUCACGUGACAUGUCAUCACAUGAUACGUCACCUGACUCUAGGCCUGGGGAAGCCAAGUCACAUGAUAGCCGGGCCCAUGAACUUCAUCUUUCCAGUGCUUUGGAUGUUCUAACCAGAGAGAAUGAAGAGCUGAGAGGCAGGGCUCAAAGGUUAGCCACCAUGGAAGACAGGUGGGCGGAGCUACAGGAGCAGCUGGCCGAGAGUCGCCAUAGCAACCGGGACCAGGAUGCCUUGCAGCGCAAACUCCACAUGGCUGAGGAGAUGCUGAGAGAGAAGACGAGCGAGGAACUACACCUUGCGGAAGACAAUGCUGCACUGGAGGAUCGAGUCCGACACUUGGAGGAGCAGAAGAGGAAACGAGAGGGAAUCGAAGAAGAUUACAUAUGCAUCAAAGAGCAGUUUGAUGACAUGGAACAUAAGAAGAACGAAGCUGAGAUAUCAGUUGCUCCAUUAAAGGCCAAAGUCUCCUAUCUGCUACAAAAGUGCAAGGAGAGAGACACGAUCAUACGGAGGUUUGCUGCCGAGCUGGAACAACUCCGCCCCGACAGAACUGAACAGUUACUGACUGAGGUCAGUGACCUGUCGGCCGUUGACCUCCCCGACGAGAGGUUCAACGAGCCCUUGCCGGUCGACGGUCGAGGGAGGAGAGUGAGGGGCGCGGUUAGUGAAGCUUCAAAGGAUCGUCGGCGGAGAGGCGGCGAUAUCGGGCGACAGCGAGUGGACAAAAUCAGCAAGAGUCUGAAUGACGUGAGAAUGGACGACCUGAGUGACGACGACGAACUUGGGCGUCUGUCGACCUCCAGAGGGCGCUCCAGCCUGGAUCCCUUGAGCGGAAGUCUGGAUAAUUUGGGUCCCGGGAUAUCUCUCCAGGAGCUGAUGAAGAGGACAUCAGGAAGCCGUUCCCGAUCACACCUUACCCCUUCGAGAGAGGCUGAGGAAGCGGACCUACUCAGGUCUGUUCUGGAUGCGUCACCAACUAGGACCAAGCCGGCGACGAGGCUUGCGAGAGGUGCCCGCUCCCCCUCAAGAGGGAAAAGGAGAGGAAUUUCCCCGACACGUAAUGACCUGUCCCGUGAGAUUCAUGAUGCGUAUAGAGACGAUGGACUGCUUGAUUUGUCAAACAGGGGGAGUCCCAGUAGGGCACGGCCACAGGAUUUCGUAGACCCUCUCACUCCAUCCACAUUAAGGCAGUCGCCUCUUUUUUCCAGCCGACAGCAAGAACGUAACAGACAACCCUUCCAGUUUGAUAGCAGCAGUGGUAAUGUGGAUGAUUUCAGCCCAUCUCCAGAAGGCAUUCGGUCAAGUCCUACUGUUUCAUACCCUGGGACCAAUGUCCAUCCUUCCCUCUUGCCCUCAAGUCUGACCAUAAACAGUACUCCGUUGGUGACCGCGCCAUCCCCUGCCAGAAAUCCACUACUGCAAUCUCAACCUUGGGUUGGGCACCAAACUUUGAACAGCACCCAAGGGCAGGCUUAUGCAGCCACGACGGCAACACAAUCCGGGAAUGUCAAGUCCGUUAACGGACCCUCAACUACCAGUACAACUUCCGUAACACACAACGGCGCAGCCUUCGGCUUGCUGAAUGGCAGUGUUGCCAAUUCAAAUUUAACAGCUCCUGGCAUGGGUACAGUCAGAGGUACAACAGGACAGCACCCUGUUGCCUCAGAAAGUGGGUUACGGCCAGUAACGGACCAACCAAGUCCCGCAAAUGAUGCCAUGGGAUUUAAUACUGGGAGACUUCAGACAGGCUCCGGCAUGUCACAGGCCCGCCCUGAAAACACAGCCUCGAAGGCAUUUGGGUCUGCAGCAGUGCAUCCUGGGAUUCCUGUGCAAGCUGGGCGCUCAGUCCAUGGGGCUGUUGGAGAUUUUACCCAACCGAGAGAAAGUAUAGCCAGUGGGGUCCCAUUGACUCCAAACGGACAUUCCUUAAAUGUCGUUCAAGCUGGGAAUGUAUCUCAGACUCCUAUGAACAGGAGGUUAGGAUUGGACCAACUUGGGAGCUCGCGUCAAGGAGUUGACGCCCCAGCAGUACAUCAUGGCAAGAGCUCCUUGGUAGCUCACCCUGCGACUGAGGAAACAUCAGGACUCCCUACACCGAGUUUGCAACAAAUUAAUACUGUUAGUGGUACCUCACAGCCUCAUGUUUCGGCAAAUGCUUCAAACAUUCAACCUGGCGUAGGCUCUUCAAUCACACGCAGCCAUCUUGUAUCUGAGACAUCGUCAGGAUUCCCUACAUUCGGCGCCCAACAAAUUAAUGCUAGGAGUGGUACAUCGCAGCCAGCAGCAAAUGUUCCAAACGUCCAACCUGGGCUGGGCUCCCCAAUCACACGGAGCCAUCUUGUGUCCGAGACACCGCUGGGACUUCCUACAUCAGGUGUCCAACAACAUAAUGCCGGGCAUGGUACAUCGCAGCCAGGAGCAAAUGUUCCAAACGUCCAACCUGGGCUGGGCUCCCCAAUCGCACAGAGCCAUCUUGUGUCCCAGACAUCAGCGGGACUCCCGACAUUAGGUGCCCAACAAAUUGUCACGAGUGGCACAUCACAGUCAGGACAAGUUGGGGUAGGUGCUUCAGAUUUUCUACGCACGCAUCCUGUUUCCGGAGCACCGUUAGUAAGCCCGUCAGUGAGCACUCAUCAGACUAAUGGCGUGACAGGUACAUCACACCCCCAAUUUGUUGCAAGUAGUGCUGCAAGUGUUCAACCUGAAGUUGGUUCUUCAAAUCUGCACGCAGGGUUCAGAGGUCAUGUUAAUAACACAUCACAUGCUGGAGGAUCAAACGGUCUACCACAGCAUCAUGUGGUCAGUACCUCAGCAAUGCAUCACAGGUCUCUUCCAUCAGGAUUUGCGUCUCAAGCAAGCGUGAUAGGUUUGCACCAACAGGGGAUUCCAUAUAUGCAUACGAACCAACAGCAGAGUGCAAAUACAACCAUUCUGAAUGUCACAUCUGGAUCUCAAAAUGGUCACGUGACCUUGUCACCAAGUAGUGCAUAUCCGUCGUCGACCAGUCACAACCCAAUGAUGCCACUGCCGGGGAAUGGUCACAUGACCCCAACAGUCCCUGCCGCCGGUACCCAGAUUCCCAGGGUACCGAGCAACAACUUCUCGUCCACACCACUGAUUGCAUCGACUGGGCUGCACCCUUCCCACCAUGCAGCACCAUCGAACGGCACCCCAUUGCAUCACCAUAACUUGCUGCGAGGAGUGGACGUGCCUGACCAGUCUGGUGCAAGGCAUCAUGGGAUUAGAACACAGGUGAACGGUCGAUGGGAUCAACAUCUGCCUUUCCGUGGAGUGACGAGAACACCUCAUGUCCAAGGUGCCCCACAGCCCCCGCGUAGCCUCACUGUGUCAAAGGUCAUAGGUCGCCAUGGAGCAGUCGUGACCUGGCGACCCCCGGACCUGGAUGACCUUGGUCAGAGCAACGGGCUGGAGGUCGUCGGUUACAAGAUCUUUGUGGACGGACGUCAGAAACAGUUUGUCACAAAUGCCCACCUAACAAAGGCUCUUGUGGAGGGAGUCAACUUACGCACCGUCCAGUCUUUCGGCAUCCAGACCGUCUCGGCCACAGGCCAGACCUCCCCCAUCGUCAGCACUCACUUUGAGGACCCAGGUCAUCUCUCCUCCUCCUGGUCGGACUCUGUGAUGACCGUGUCAUCGGUCGGCCGCGGCGCAGUCCCGUCAGACGGGUCUUCGGUCGUCAGUGAAGAGUCUCAAGAAAGACUGUUCAUGGCAGUUUAUAACUACAAUCCGAUCGAGCACUCUCCGAAUCACUACCCGACGUAUGAGCUCGCCUUUGAAGAGGGAGACAUCAUCACUGUCUACGGCACCAUCAGACCCGAUGGAUUCUACCAGGGAAAGGUGCGAGGGACGAGAGGGUUAGUACCGUCCAACUUCAUAGAAGAGAUAUCAAUGGCUGGUUCCCAUCACAGUAAAAAGAAACACGGCCACAAAAAGUCUCACAGGAACGGCAUGGGUGACACACACAGUCACAGAGACGGGGACAGACGAGGGAGCAAAGAGCACAGCCGGACCCCCACCAAGACGCCCACCAAGACACCCAGCAAGAACAGGGAGGAUCACAAGCGACACGGCUCCUCAAAUCAGUCCAGAAUUUAGAGUUACAAGAAAAACUGAGAGCAUUUGUUUGUAACCUAUUAGCACCUGUGUUACAUUGUAUGACAAUGUAGUUAUUCCCUCAAUGAGCCAUAAAAGUACAGGUUGCUGGGUCGGUUUGGGGCAGUACAGGGAGUAACAGGCUGGGUGGUUUCAGGCAGUGCAGGGACAAAUGGGUUCAAUCCUUGUCAUUGUCAUCGAGGAAAAAGUGGGAAAAAAAUAAUUUGAAUUUCUUCCAAAAAGGGUUCGGUGUAGGCCUUUGUGCCGCAUUCAGAAUGUUGGAGAGAAAAAAAAAACGUAAAUAAUACAGUCGACUCUCGUUAAUACAAACUCAGCCGGACCUAACCAAAUUGUUUGUUAUAUCCAAAUUUUGUAUUAAGUGGGGUGCCGUUCCCAUUCAUUGUGCUCAUAAAUGCACAGUCGGGAUCUGGGCUUCGUGUUUGCUGUAACACGAAUUUAUAUUACUGUAUUUGUAUUAAGGAGAGUCGACUUUAAUUAGUUAUCCAUGAAGUAAAAACUUAAAGUCUUUACAUUUUUCGCCUGUUUUCCUUUAAAUUUGAUUCCUCAAUCUGACUUUUGACAAAAAGAAUAUUAAUAUUGUAUCAAUGCUCAAAGAGCUGAAUUAUUGCAACUGAGAAAGUGCCUUGAAGUGCAAAGUUGUAUUUUUCGUGUGGUGCACAGCACAUUAAAGUAUCAUUUGUAAAAUGUUUUGAUAUUUUUUCUAUGAUUUCUGUUCAGAUACACAGAACAGUGCUAAGCUAUGCACAAAUCUUCAUUGAAUGGUGCCUAGUAUCUCUGAAACCAGUGGUAAAUCCAAGAGAAAAAAAAGGAAUUUGAAAACUGUUUUAUUUGGUUCCUUUUAUUCCAUGUUUUUUAAGGGCUCUUUGGAGGUAGGAUUCAA